UCGCUCUCUCCGCAAACACACACCCCCCACGUCCUUAAAAACAUGAUCUUUGGGCUCUCUCCCUUCCCAUGAUUCCAUCUGCAGAACAAGAUUGAAAGCACUGUGGCCCUAAGAGAUUAAUUAUUCCCACAAAUCCCGUUUAUUUAGUCUCUAUGAUGGGGACCAUGGAAUUUUAAUCAAACUAGUAUAUGUAUGCAGCACUCUAGUUUUCACUUGGGGAAGUGCUUUUGCUAAGCUUCUGGUUUUGCCUUCUGAGGGAUAUUUUCUCACUUCCCCAUAAAAAUUUUCUAAGUAAAAAAAAUAGCACUUUGGGCAUUGAGCUUUUGCCUUGGGGCUUUUGCUGUCACAAUCUCCUCUCUGGUAGGACAUGUGGGGUUCCAUGCUUUUGCCUCCCCCAAGGACAUGGCUUUGAAGUUGGAUUGUUGGGUUGUGUAGAAGGAUGGAAUCUGGGAGUAGGUUUUACUCAGCUGAUGAGUUCAGAUUGGAUGCCAAAUGGCUGAUUGAUCCUAAGCAUCUCUUUGUUGGACCAAGAAUUGGUGAGGGAGCUCAUGCCAAAGUCUAUGAGGGCAAUUAUCUCACUUCUUUUGAUUUCGGCCUUUUGGAUUCGAAUCAGAUACAAAAACCAGACUGUUGCAAUUAAAGUUGUUCAUAGAGGAGAAACUCCAGAGGAGAUUAUCAAGAAAGAAGGACGGUUUGCCAGAGAGGUUGCAAUGUUGUCGAGAGUUCAGCAUAAAAAUUUAGUGAAGUUUAUUGGUGCCUGCAAGGAGCCAGUAAUGGUAAUAGUUACUGAGCUUUUAUUAGGAGGUACAUUGCGUAAAUAUUGUCUAAACAUGCGGCCAAGGUGCUUGGACAUACGCAUUGCUGUUGGUUUCGCACUAGAUAUUGCGCGUGCGAUGGAGUGCUUGCACUCUCAUGGGAUCAUACACCGUGAUUUGAAGCCUGAGAACUUGCUCUUGACUGCAGACCGCAAAACAGUUAAAUUAGCGGAUUUUGGGUUGGCGAGAGAGGAGUCAUUAACAGAGAUGAUGACUGCAGAAACCGGGACAUACCGUUGGAUGGCUCCAGAGUUGUACAGUACUGUUACAUUAAGGCAGGGAGAGGGAAAGCAUUACAGCCACAAAGUGGACGCGUAUAGCUUCGCGAUUGUUUUGUGGGAACUCUUACACAACAAAUUGCCUUUCGAAGGCAUGUCAAAUCUCCAAGCAGCCUAUGCAGCUGCUUUUAAAAAUGUGAGGCCUAGUUCCGAAAACAUCCCAGAGGAGUUGAACAUCAUCCUAACUUCGUGCUGGCAGGAGGACCCAAACGCCCGCCCUAAUUUCAGCCAAAUAAUUCAAAUGCUACUCGAUUUUCUUUACGCCAUAUCUCCUCCUAAACCUGCCAUUCUGCCACGGAUAUUCACUGAGAACAGAGUCCUGCUGCCAGAGUCUCCUGGUACAAGCGCCUUGAUGUCAGCGCGUGAAGGCUUGGGGGAGACGCCCAAAUUAGGAGAAAUGGAAGACAAACCAAAAGGUUUUUUCUUCUGCUUUAACCAGUGUUAUUGAGUAGUUGAAGAGAAUGUCCAUAACCUCCGUCCUUGGGGUCAAUAAUGUUAGGAGGGAAGAUCGUAAACACUAGAAUCUAGUUCGAUUAAGUACAUUUCGUUAACAUGGUACGUGUUUAAGCUGAUCAGUGUCGAAUUUCAUCAAGUGCAAUUGUCAGAUGAAUACACCAAUCUGUAUCUGUCCAAUAUUCUGCUGGAUUAUGUCUAUGUGUAGGAUCUUAACCCCGUUUUGAUAAUCUUGAACAUCUAGCAGCUAA